AUGUCCUCCUCCGACGUUCGCGAUGUCCUCAAUCUGCCCGAUGGCGCCGCCGGGGCGCGCCCGUCCAAGAAGCAGAAGAUGUCGGCGCCGAGGCCGAAUCUGAAGGGUCUGGCGCGCGAGGUGCACCAGCUUGGUGGCGACAACCCGAUCGCGAUAGUGCCCGAAGUCACGCAGUUCAAGAAGCGACGACUCGCCAGCCGCAAGCCGGCGGCGCGAUGGGAGCUGCGGCCGUUCCAGAAUUCAGGUCGCGAGGACCGCAGCUUGGUACUGCGGCACUGGCGGCGGAAAGAAACGAAGGAGGGCCAAGACGAGAUGCAGCAGGACCCGGAGCCCAAGACGGAACCGGAGAUGGAAGACUCUGCCUUUGCCAAGUAUAAUGUCCAGGUCUCCGUCCCUCAAUAUAGCGACGAUCAGUAUCGGCAGUCUCUGAAGAGCGACGACUGGUCCAAGGAAGAGACGGACUACCUGAUGGAUCUCGUUCGGGACUUUGAUAUCCGCUGGCCCAUCAUUUGGGACAGAUACGAGUGGAAUCCUCCAGCGACCAACGGCGAAGCGAAUGCGGACGGCGACGAGAGCAAAGCUGUAGUGCCCACAGCAAGGUCGCGGACGAUGGAAGACCUGAAGGCUCGAUAUUAUGAGGUCGCAGCGAAGAUGAUGGCGGCUCAGAAACCCGUUCAAUACAUGACACAACCAGAGUUCGCGCUACAUGAGCUGAUGGCGAACUUCAAUCCGCAGCAAGAGAAGGCUCGCAAAGACUUCGCCAUCAAUUCUCUGUCAAGAUCUCGCGAGGAGGCAAGGGAAGAAGAGUCACUUCUCUUGGAGAUCAAGCGGAUCAUGGCAAGGAGCGAGCGCUUCAAUGAAGAGAGAAGGGAGCUCUACAACCGUCUGGACUACCCGCGAGGGGACGCGGAUAUCAGCUCCCUCAAGUCGUCUGCAGGCCUGCAGGCUCUGCUUCAAACUCUGAUGACGGUCGACAAGACUAAGAAGCGGAAGUCAAUCAUGGGCGCAGACGGAGUGAGCCCGGGCACCGCCGCCGCCGCGCAACAAGCCGGCACACAGGAGUCUGCCAAGCGAGAGAGCACCGCUGCUUCAACCGGGAACAACAAUCGCGAAUCAACCGGAGCUGCGGCGACGCCGACCGGAGGCAACAAGAAGGCCGCACAACAACAGCAGCAGCAGCAACAACAAGCGCAGCAACCGCAACAGCCACAAGAGCGGCGCAAGCUCACUUCUCAAGAGGAGGCUGUAUACGGCGUCACUCAUCACGACAGACUUGGAUCUGGACCUUCAUUCAGGACCGAAAAGAUCAACAAGAUGUUCUCGCACAAGUCCAACCAGCAGCAGAUACGUAUUAACAAUACGCUCAACGAGCUGGACGUUCCGAGCAAACUGGCAAUGCCCACCGCGGCCACGACGCUUCAGUACGAGCAGCUCCUGGCUGCAGUCAAUAGCCUUCUCGACGCACGCAAGAUCUCGGAUAAGCUCGAUGCCGAGAUCAAGCUGGAGAGCGCCAAGAAAGCAGAGCGCGAGAAGACGACGGCGCGCACAGAAUCGGGACCCGAAGCUGGGGCGGAGAAAGCGGCGACGAACGGAGAAGCCGGCGGCAGCGAGGAGAAGCCUGCCGAGGGCCCCAAAGAGACUGCCAAAGCCGAUGGCGAUGACGGGAACGGCGAGGGGCAACCCGAGCAACCAGACGUGGCGGAGAAGGGCGAUGACACAAAUGAGACACAACGGCCGACCGACGGGCCAGAAGCCAGCCAGGAGCCGCAAGAAGAUAAGGCUGAGGCAGGGAAGUCGGGCAGACCUGGAAGCAGUGGUGCAAACCACAAGCGGAGCGCCAGUGUGCUGAGUGCGGUGAGCGACAAGAGCGCCAAACGGCAAAAGAAAUGA